AUGACUUCGGUUGCCAAGGUGUAUUACAGCCAGACCACUCAGACGGAAAGCCGGCCCCUAAUGGGCCCAGGGAUCCGGAGGAGGAGAGUCCUCACUAAAGAUGGUCGAAGCAACGUGAGAAUGGAGCACAUCGCUGACAAGCGCUUCCUCUACCUCAAGGACCUGUGGACCACCUUCAUUGACAUGCAGUGGCGCUACAAGCUCCUGCUCUUCUCUGCCACCUUCGCAGGCACCUGGUUCCUCUUUGGUGUGGUGUGGUAUCUGGUGGCCGUGGCCCAUGGGGACCUGCUGGAGCUGGGUCCCCCGGCCAACCACACCCCCUGCGUGGUCCAGGUGCACACGCUCACCGGGGCCUUCCUCUUCUCCCUCGAGUCCCAGACCACCAUUGGCUAUGGCUUCCGCUACAUCAGUGAGGAGUGCCCACUGGCCAUUGUGCUUCUUAUUGCCCAGCUGGUGCUCACCACCAUCCUGGAAAUCUUCAUCACAGGUACCUUCCUGGCAAAGAUUGCCCGGCCCAAGAAGCGGGCGGAGACCAUCCGUUUCAGCCAGCACGCAGUUGUAGCCGCCCACAAUGGGAAGCCCUGCCUUAUGAUCCGAGUGGCCAACAUGCGGAAGAGCCUCCUCAUUGGCUGCCAGGUGACAGGCAAACUGCUUCAGACCCACCAGACCAAGGAGGGGGAGAACAUCCGCCUCAACCAGGUCAAUGUCACUUUCCAAGUGGAUACAGCCUCUGACAGCCCCUUUCUCAUCCUCCCCCUUACUUUCUACCACGUGGUAGAUGAGACCAGUCCCUUGAAAGACCUCCCCCUCCGCAGUGGUGAGGGCGACUUCGAGCUGGUGCUCAUCCUAAGUGGGACAGUGGAAUCCACCAGUGCCACCUGCCAGGUGCGCACUUCCUACCUGCCGGAGGAGAUCCUUUGGGGCUAUGAGUUCAUACCCGCCAUCUCGCUGUCAGCCAGUGGCAAAUACAUAGCAGACUUCAGCCUUUUUGACCAAGUGGUGAAAGUAGCCUCUCCAAGCGGCCUCCGUGACAGCACUGUACGCUAUGGAGACCCCGAAAAGCUCAAAUUGGAGGAGUCAUUAAGGGAGCAGGCUGAGAAGGAGGGCAGUGCUGUUAGCGUGCGCAUCAGCAAUGUCUGA